UCGAUUUCUAGAAUAAUUGUAAACAAAAAAAGUCAUCAAAAAAGUGACGAAAUAUUGUCAAAAGAUUACCGAAAAUAGCCAUCGAUUGCAAUGUCUUUAAGAGAUGUCUUAAACGCAUUCUUCAGAUUUAACGAACCAAAUGAAGACUUGUUUGGUCGUCAGUGGAGUCCAUUGGUUGAGGACAGCGAUGACCACAACUUUGGUUCGCAAAUGAAUCGCGACUUUCUGGAAAUGACAAAACAAUUUGAAGUAUUAUUUGAUUCAAUGAACAAUAUGUCGAUAUUUAGUGAUCCAAAUCAAUGGCAAGAAGUGGACAAAAACACAAAUGUCAGAGAUUUGAUGCUUAAGUCAAGUGAAGACAAAAGAAACUCACAAAUGGACACCGAUUUAGACACAAAUGUUGGCCAAAAAGGUUUGGAUGUUGUCUUGAAAGACGGUCCGACCUAUGAAUGGUCUAACUCAGUGACCACUCCCUCACAGACCCGAAGUUUUAUCAAAACUUAUUCUUACAGUUCAGUCAAUAAUAACGGACGAUUUGAAGAACAGAAGACUUGUAACGACGGCAAUGGAAACACAGAGACGUCAAUCACUCAACGUAUUGGAGAUAAAUAUGUGACAAAAAUUGUCAAAAGAGACAAAAAUAAUGAGAUCAUCGAAACCAAAGAAGUGGUCAACAAUUUGGAUCAAAAUGAAGUCAAUGACUUCAAGCGUCAGUUUGGGCCAAACGACGAUAACAUAAGUAACACUAUUAUCGAUAGACCUCUUAAUCACUUUAAUGAUCAAAAUUCAAUUUUAAGACGAUUUUUCAACUUUCCCUUUAAAUUCUAAACUAUUAAGACUUGAUUUUUAUGAUAUUCUCCUUCAUUUUC